AUCAUUAAUUCUAUUUGUAUGGGUGUGUGCUGUGUGGUGACAAAAUGACUGAUCCAUGAAAGAUUUUUGUGCCAGUGUGUGUGCUAUGUGCUGACAAAAUGCAGUCCAACCAACCAUAUCCCUCGACGGUCGGCGGGCAGCAGAAUCAGAAUGGCGUCGUCUGUCUCCCAUUGCCUCGUCGGUGCUCCUCCUCCGACCUUCCUCACACCUUCAAUCUGCCCAUUUCACGAAACCUUUGAUGCUAAAGCCUUUGGAACUCGGUUAGUUGCUCUCCCUAAAACAACUCCCAAAUCCUCCUCUUUGCAGACUAGAGCCACUCUUGAUGACAAGGGCCGAAUCUCCACCAGCCCAUCUGUUCUUGUUCCCGAAGAAAAACAACCCAGCAAGGAAGUUGAAGAUUGCGUGAGAGUGCUUAAGAAUGCAGCAAAGACGAGAAAAAUCCCAUCUGAGGACAUUCUGUAUGCUUUUUCUGUGAUUGAGAAGGCAAAGGUCGAUCCCUCUUCUUUUCUUGAAACUCUGGGUGGAACCAACUCACCUGGACGAACUUGGAUGCUUAUUUUUACUGCAGAGAAAAAGCUGAAUCGUGGUAAAUAUUUCCCAAUUACAGCCGUUCAGAGGUUUGAUGCAGCUGAAUGGAGUUUAUCUUGGGCCUUUUGGGAACUUGACCUUUGAAGGCAGGUUUUCAUGGAAGAAAAGAAUACUUGCCUUCAUAUUUGAACGUAUUCGGAUAAAAGUUGGUCCCCUUAACCCGUUUGAGAUUAGUUUCAAAGGAAAAGAUGAAACGGAGCCAAGCAAUAAGGACCCAUUUUUCAUUUGGUUUUAUAUUGAUGAGGAAAUUGCUGUUGCCCGUGGGAGAAGUGGGGGAACUGCAUUUUGGGUCCGUUGUCAACGCAUUGACUAAUGUUUCAUCAUUUGCGUUUCUACGUCUAUAUAUCUUCCUGUACAGAGAGAACCUGCUGAGGUAUUUACUACUUUUAUUAAAAUUUUGCUAUGAGCAAGAUGCAAAGUGUAGAUAUGCAAGAAGGUGAUUGCUAUAUGGGGUUGCCUUGCUUUGUUUCUUUAUAUAAGGGUAAAUUACAUUGACAUCCGCUGAGAUUAGGUCCAAAUACACAAACUUCCGUUCUUUACAUAUUUACAAAUAUACAUCCUAUUCAAUAACAAAAGCUUACAAAAUUACAAAUAUACCAAUUGAGGUACAUUACACUAUAACACCUGUAAUUUUGCAAAUGACAGGGCGUACCGUGUAUUUGAACCUAACCUCAAAGGAUGGCAAUAUAAUUUAUCCUAUAUAUAAAUCAAUUGAAAUUAGAUAGUUAUUUGGUAAGAA